AUAUUCUCUACCCCUAUAAGUAACUAAUGAUAGUAGUGAGCUUGAUAUUGAGUCUCAGGGUGACUUAGCCUGUGCAUGUUUGAUCACUUUGAAAAACAGUUUUCCCUCUGGUGUGGUUCUUUCAGCAUACAUUUGUCUGAAUAUCAGCUCCUGCUGUCAUCAGAUCAAAGAUUUUUGUCAGGCUGCACCUUCGUACCUGUAUUGAUUAUGAGUUUGGCAUUUGAAUGACUUUUUUUUUCAGACCUGUUUAAUACCAGAGAUAUUCUAAGGGCAAAAUGCAUUUGCAGAUAGGAUGAAAUAAUGCAACAGGAGAGCAGGUUGUAGUGCUGUUCAGUAAAUGACCACAGAAGUACACUUGGCACAAGCAUUACUAUUGGUGCUUCUCCUCCAGUUCAGUAAGAGCAGAAAAAAGAAUAUUUUGAGUUGGAGUAUUUUGGGGAGUGGUCAUUAAUGUGCUAUUUUCCAGCUCUCUUGACCAGACCAGAAAUUUUGUCUCCAAGGUCAUCCCAGACCCAUAGCUGUUUUCAAGCUAGCCAGCCUACUCAAGAGUCUUUUGGGAGCCCUAGGAAGAUUCUUUGAGUUGAAAUAGGACUUUUACUUCACAUUGAUGGCUGUUCAGCCUAAACUAUGUUCUGACCUCCAUCAAGUAUGGCCUGCAGGCCACUGAUCAGAUGCAAACAGAAUCUUUACCUUCAUGUCCCAACACUGUGUCACCGGUGAGGUUAAACAAUCUGAUCGGCUCUCCAAGGUUCGGAACAGUCACUCCAAAUCGUGUCUUUGUUGGAGGAAUUGAUUUUAAGACUAAUGAAAAUGACCUGAAGAAGUUUUUUGCUCAGUAUGGCAGUGUGACAGAAGUGAAGAUAAUAAAUGACAGAGCUGGAGUAUCAAAGGGGUAUGGCUUUGUUACGUUUGAAACCCAAGAAGAGGCACAGAAGAUUUUACAAGAUGCUAAAAAGCUCAACUAUAAGGAUAAGAAAUUGAAUAUUGGACCAGCAAUAAGAAAACAAGUUCGAAGUCCUAAUGCUCGUUCUGCUGUGACCCCACAAGCUGGUACAAUGUAUGCCACUACUGCUGUAUCACCAGAAGCUGGUACAAUGUACUUGACCACUUCCAGUGGAUAUCCAUAUGUUUACCAUAAUGGAGUGGCUUAUUUUCAUACAUCUGAAGUCUCUCCUGUUCAGCAGCCAUGGCCAUCUCGCUCUGUUUCCAGUUCACCUGUGAUGGUUGCUCCACCUGUUUAUCAGUCUCCUACGUACCACUAUCAGGCACCAACACAGUGUCUUUCAAGUCAGUGGCAGUGGUCUGUUCCACAGUCUCCUACCUCUUCACCUCCACUCCUGUAUCUGCAACCAUCUGAAGUCUUUUAUCAGCCAAUAGGAAUUAACCAGGAAGGUGGAUGUAUAUCUCCACCUCUCCUAAUGGAAGCUGCAGUUCCUGAGCUGUAUUCUGAUCAUGGAGUUCAAACCCUACAUCACCAGCCCUAUGUCCAGAGUCACAUAGCCAUGCCUGCAGCUUCCUUCCUGUGUGGCUGAGAUCCAUCAUCACCAUAGGAGCUACAGCUGCCAGUUGUGGCAUUUGGGGAAUUGAGGUCGCAUUCUGUGAGAAGAGAUGUUCUGCAUCAUUCAUCUGUGAGUCUGAAACCUCAGUAUGCAUCAAGUCAUCAGUUUCCUCCUAGAAAAGAUUACAGAAUGGAAGAUAAAACUUUACACCACCUUCUACAGAUGCUGUAAAACACUGGGGUUUUUAGCUCUGUAUUUUGCUAAAAUACUUAAUCACAGAGAGGGUAUGUUCUUCCUAACUUCUGAUAUUUCCUUGCAGGUUCCCCAGUUAAAAUACCACUACUUUCUGUCAAGUAAUAGCUUGAAAUUUUGUAGUUUGGUCAGGUAAAACCACAUGAAAUAAUAAUUUUAUCCCUGCUCUUCCUUUCUUACUACAAACCCUGUUACAGGCAAGGGAGUGAUUUCUGAAACACAGACUGCUGUAUGUAUUCCAGUUAUAGCCCAGACUGAGAGCCAGCAUACUUCUACUGAAGAGAUAAUAUCACCUUUAAUUGUUGGUUUACAUAAACUUUACAGAUACAUUAGUUACAAAGUUGAAGCUGUUUUGCCACAUACAGCAUUUUUGUACUGUGGAUAAAAUCUGAUUAUUUAAAUCCAUGUGAAUUUCAUUUCCAUUCCAAAAUAAUUUGUCUAGCUUAAUUUUUCUUGUUAUCAGUGUUCUCUACUUUUAUAAGAUUUUACUUUGUAUCAUUUUAGUGUUUGCAGUAAUAAUUUGUUAAAAUAAAAUUUGGA